AUGGACACCCUAACCCAAUGCCUUAAGCAGUGCCUCCACUGCCCACCAUGUUUGUCAUCAUCUUCAUCUAGGAGUUGUUCUGUUGCUCAUCGGUGCCACAUGGCUUCCCAGAAUAAGUCGUUGAGAACACGUAUUGUUCUAGUGAUAGUCUUCCAUCUCCAAAUGACCUACAAAUCUGCAACCAAAAAUGUUACAACAUCAAAACACGCUAUUUCUACUCCUGUUUUAUUUGUUGUUGGUGAACGCUAUUACAAAGUUACUGCAGAUGCAUUAAGAGUAUGCGGGGAACUUGUUCGAGCAAACAUUGAGGUUUCUAAUUUUGAUUUCAAACCUUAUGUCCAUCCAAUAUAUAAUGCCAUCUUGUCACGAUUGACAAACCGAGAUCAAGACCAGGAAGUUAAGGAAUGUGCUAUCUCUUGUAUGGGGCUUGUUGUUUCAACAUUUGGUGAUCAUCUCACAGCAAAAUUACUGGCUUGCCUUCCUGUUCUUGUAGAUCGAAUGGGAAAUGAGAUACCCCGACUUACAACUGUUAAGUUGAAUUGGAAUUCGAGAUUCCAUUCCAUGGCGUGUUUGGUUCCAAAUGGCCGUAAUCAGUUCCAUCAGAUUAAGAAGAAUUAG